CGAAUGUAUAGUAAGUACUACACUACUGAAAAAAAAAUCCUGCAUGUUCAUCAGUUUCUUUUCUCCGUUCGUUGUGUCGAGUUUAAAAUUUAUUAAUGUCUCUGGAAGUGCCGCGAAGCAAUUUACUUUGAAUUGAUUUUAAUUAUUUAGCAUUAAACGAACGCAAUAAUAAUUUUUUUAAUUCGCAACCAACACGUGGCACGCUUUUUAUUCUCAAUUAUUGAUUGACGCUUCUGAGUCAUCCAGAAUGGAUAGCGAAGAAAAAUUCGUAAACGGCUUUACCUCAAACAAUUUACAAUUUGCAAAAAAUGGUGCUGUAAAAAUCGUCAAAACAUCAUCAUCAUUGUCAACUGAAGAAGAAUUUGAUUCCAAUAACAAAAGAAGAAUGAAUCCAAACAGUUUUGAUAUUCCUGCACGUCUCGUGCUGUAUUUCUUAUCAUGGUCUGGGUUUUUGGUGUCAUUUAUGAUGCGCAAUGAUAUAAACUUUGCGAUUGUUGCAAUGGUUCGAUCUUCAAAUGCCACAAAUAUUCCAGAUCCAGAUGAUUUAAAGGGUAAUUCGUCGUUAAAUUUCAAUUCAACAAUCGUCACUACAACACAUAUACCCGUCUUGAACGGAGAGGAAUGGGCUGAAUUUGAUUGGGAUUCAUCAAUUUCAAGUUGGAUAUUAAGUAGCUUUUAUUGGAUGUAUGUAGUAAGUCAAGUUGUUGGUGGAGUUGCGACACAGUAUUUCGGAACUAAAGCAGUUUUUGGAUUUUCACAAUUGGUGACUGCUUUAGGCUCACUUUGCAUUCCAAUUGCAGCAUCAACAAGCUGGAAACUUUUAAUAUUAGUAAGAUCAAUACAGGGAUUUGCCAGUGGAUUGACGUGGCCAGCUAUGUAUCAAAUUGUGGGAGCUUGGUAUCCGCCUAAUGAAAGAUCUCGUUUUAUGAGCAGUUUUCAAGGAUUCUCAUUUGGAAUUGGAUUAACAUACCCACUUUGUGGCUUUAUUAUUUAUAAUUUUGGAUGGCGUCCAGUUUUCUAUACGACUGGAUCAAUUGGUGUAUUGUGGUGCAUUAUGUGGUACUUUUUAGCUUUUAAUACUCCAGCUGAACAUCCAAGAAUCUCACCAAAGGAAUUAGAAUACAUAGAACUUAAUGUUUCGAGUGAAAUUAAAGAGAAUCAAGGACGAACAAUUCCAUGGAAAUCAAUUUUCACAUCUAUACCAGCUUGGUCAAUAGGAAUUACAACUUUCGGACGAAUUUGGGUUCAUUAUACUUUCAUUAUGAAUGGACCAUCAUUUAUGAAGAAUAUACUUAACUUUGACAUUCAAGCGAACGGAAUCAUAUCUGGAUUGCCUUUUAUCGGUUCUUAUUUCUCAUCCGUGUUAUUCUGUUACAUUGCUGACGUUCUCGUACGCAAUGACGUCUUAUCAUUGACAAACAUUCGUAAGAUUAUGACAGCAGCAUCUCAAAUCAUUCCUGGACUUUUGAUCUUAUUAGUUGGAUAUAUGGGGAAGGAGAUUGUUAGUGUAAUUAUUAUAUGGUCGAUUGGAAUUGUGCUCAUAACAGCAGCUUAUGCUGGUGCUAUGGCAUGUAUAGUGGAUCUAUCACCUAAUUUCGCUGGUCCAGUGUUAGCAUUUGCUCAAACCAUACACAUGUCAGCGUCAUUCCUGUCGCCUCUAGUUAAUGGUGCAAUUUUACAAAACCAAAAAGAUUUAUCACAAUGGAAGACUUGCUUCCUUGUAUCAUCUAUUGUAGCAGUUUUAACGUAUAUUGUAUUUCAAAUAUUCGGAACGGCUAAAGUUCAAAAAUGGAAUUACGUAAGAGAAGUACAGGACGAGACAGAGAGGGAAAUUCUCGAUCAAUCGAUUUCAUCGAGAGUGCCUAGUGAUCAAAGGAUGAAAAAUGGAAGCUUGAUUGAUACUUAAGGAAUUAGAAUCAAACUAAUAUGAACAUACUAAUAAAAUAAUAUUAAUAGUAAUAGCACAGAACCUAUCAACUCAGUUAGAGUUGCUAGUACAAAUCCUAAUGUGACGCAAUAGAUCCAGACUUUAUCAUCCAUCCUCUCGAAGACAGCAUGACACAACAGAUCGAAGACUAUUUUUUUUUUCUUUUUUGAUUUAAGUUUGUGAUAAAAAUGAAAAUUCCUGUAGCUCUUAAAAUGGAUUAGCAAUCAGCCAUUGUUAAUUUACCUACAUUAUUAAGUUUAGAUAAAGAAAAGAAUCAUCUCAUUGUUAUAGUGGCCUUUAUGCAAACAUAAAAAAAAUUAAUGAAUGAAGAAGAGUUUAUACUUUAUCUAUAGGACAAUUCUUCAAUGGGAAAAACUCUCUUAAUUAUAUUAAAUUAUAUUUUUGAUAUGUAGAUAAAUGCAGACAUAAAUGAUACUUAUGUGUUAUUAUGGGGGUGAAAACAUUUUAAGAAAACACUUAAUUAUAUGAAAAUAAAUACUUAAUUUAUCGG